AAUACAUCCAGCAUCCUAAGGGUGGUGUGCCAUCGUCUCCGGCGCUGACGAGCACCUUUGGCUCCCCAUCCCCCUCUUCUUCAGUGCCGCCUCGGCUUCACGAGAAGCAAAGCCCCUAGCGAUGGAUUCGCUGAGCUCAAACGGUAGUGCGGCUCACACUACCGCGGCUUACCUUCGAGUAGCUUCUCUUGCGAUCGCGUUGUACGACUACCUCGAGACCCAGCCCACGGCGUUCCGCUUCUACAAGGAACACUGGCAGAAUCGUUGCUUCAGCAUAUCAAUGGUUCUAUUCGCGUCGAUUCGAUUCAUCAGCGUCUGCACACUGGUCUUGAGCAAUGUGGGAUUCUUCUACACUCGGUUCACUCUGGAGAGUUGCGGCCGGUUCUACCUGCUUCCGCCAAUAUUCAAAGUACUGCAAGCUAUGGUAUCGCAAGCCAUACUCGGCGUUCGAGCAUUUAAUCUGUCCAGGAGGUCGAAACGGAUAGGAUGGCUACUGCUGACGAUCUACUUUUGCGCCGCAGUGCUGCAAUGGAUAACGACGUUGUAUCAACGAGUUCCGAAGCUUGACAAAGACCCUCCAGCUACCAAUGGAAACUGCCGAGCGUUCAAUGAAGGCAGACAGCUGGGCGCAUGGAUAUUCUAUGCGAUCGCGAUGAUUUAUGACGUCGCGAUAACGGGGAUGUCGAUAUACUAUCUACUGAGGUACAAGUUGGUGAUGAAAAACACUGUGUGA